GGUCUCUUUGCUGUCCAUUUGGAUGUACAUUAUCCAGAAAUAACAUUCAGUAGAAAACCGCAGCCUAUUCGAUGCAGUGGCUUUCACAUCAGGUAUUAUCGAUAUCUCCUCUCUAUGGUUUAUGCCAUCAUGGAAAUUAACAUGUUACCAGACUUUCUGCCAAAUAUCACACUGGGCUUCCAACUAUAUGACUCCUGCUACAAUGAAGUCAGAUCCUUGUUAGGAACCACGUGGAUUUUGUCAGGACAGAAGGAAAUUGUGCCAAAUUUUGACUGCCACAAAGAAAGGAGGCCAUCUGCUCUAAUAGGAGACAUGCCAUCUAAGGCCUCUAUUCCAAUUGCACGGAUCCUAGGACUGUACAGAUAUCCUCAGGUAAGCUAUGCAUCAGCUCAUCCAGUUCUUAGUGACAAAAUUCAGUUCCCCUCCUUCCUAAGGACGAUCCCUAAUGAUAACUAUGAAGUUUUUGCCAUGGCACAAGUAGUGAAAUAUUUCAACUGGACAUGGGUGGGCGUCAUAACUUCCGAUAACGAGCUGGGGAGAACAGGUACACAAAUGUUGAUAAAAGAGAUCGAGAAAGAUGGUGGAUGCAUUGCAUUCCUAGAAACACUUCCGAUCUACAAUUCCAUGGAUGCUGUUUUGCGUAUUGUAGAUGUCAUCAAGAAAUCAAGAGCUACAGUAAUUGUUGUAUAUUCCACCAUGGAGAACCUCAUAUCUUUAAUGGAGGAAGCUUCGUUCCACAACAUCACUGAUAAAGUUUGGUAUGGCUGUGGAAGCUGGUCCAUUACGUCUGACUUUCCCAGAAAAAACAUUCUAACAACCUUAAAUGGAAGUAUUGGGGUGGCUCCUCAAUUAGGAAAGAUCCCAGGGUUUAAGGAGUUCCUUUAUAGCAUCCAUCCUUCUAAAUUUUUGGAUGAUAUCUUUAUCAAGAUCUUCUGGGAGAAGGCCUUUAACUGUCUAUGGCCAGCAGAGGGUAUUUACAAUUCCACCACUCCUCAGUCACAAGAGGGUGGAACUCGCUGGUGUACAGGGGAUGAAAUACUGGAGAGUAUUGAUCCAACUGUUUAUGAUGUCUACAACUUCAGAUACUCCUACAAAAUCCAUAAUGCAGUGUUUGCAGUAGCUCAUGCCCUGCAUCAGAUGAACUCCUGCGUGCCAGGACAAGGUCCGUUUGAGAACGGAUCAUGUGCAGACAUUUAUAAACAUCAACCAUGGCAGCUACUUCAUUACAUCAAAAACGUUCGGUUUGAAAACACUGCAGAAGAGAUGAUCUUUUUUGAUGAGAAUGGAGAUGUACCUCUGUCCGUCGAUAUCUUAAACUGGCAGCUUUUUCCCAAUGGUAGCAAUCAGUAUGUUCACAUCGGUAGCUAUGAUGCUCGCUCUCCAAAAGGCCAGGAGCUCAAGAUUGACCACACCAAAAUUAUGUGGAAUAGAGGAUAUACAGAAGUUCCCAUUUCGGUGUGCAGUACCCCUUGUCCACGUGGUCAUAGAAGAGCAACACGCCAAGGGCAAAAGGUCUGCUGUUUUGAUUGUAUCCCUUGCUCCGAAGGAGAGAUUCUGAAUCCUGAAGAUGAUAGCAAGUGCCUAAAGUGUCCAGAAGACAAGUGGCCAAAUAUUAAUAAGGACACUUGCGUUUCGAAACCCAUCCAGUUCCUCUCCUACGACGAGCUGUUGGGUUCCCUUCUUGCCUGUAUUGCCAUCUUGUUUUGUGUCCUGACCUUUUCAGUACUCUGCUUGUUCAUUAAGAAACACAAGACACCUAUUGUGAAGGCCAAUAACAGAGAGCUCAGCUACCUUCUCCUCGUCUCCCUCAUGUUCUGCUUCCUAUGUUCCUUAGUAUUCAUCGGGCGUCCCAAUAUGAUAACUUGCAUGUUACGCCAGGUAAUAUUUGGCGUCAUUUUCUCCAUCUGCCUAUCUGUAAUAUUGGCCAAAACCAUUACGGUGAUUAUGGUAUUCAGCGCUACCAACCCAGACAGCAAAAUGAAAAAGUUAGUAGGCCUCAGAAUCCCUAUAUAUAUAGUUCCUUCUUGUACAAUGGUUCAAAUAGUCUUGUGCAUUGUCUGGCUUGGUAGUUCAGCACCAUUUGCUGAAUUCAAUAUGGCUGCUGAAAUUGGGACGAUAAUUAUUGAGUGCAACGAGGGAUCUAAAGUGCUAUUUUCAUGUGUCUUGGGUUACAUGGGUCUCUUAGCUUCCAUUAGCCUCCUAGCAGCCUUUUUGGCAAGGAAGCUUCCUGAUACAUUUAACGAGGCCAAAUUCAUUACUUUUAGUAUGUUGGUGUUUGCUAGUGUUUGGAUAACAUUUAUCCCCGCUUACCUCAGUACUAAAGGUAAGAACAUGGUAGCCGUGGAGGUCUUUGCUAUAUUGUCUUCAAGUGCUGGCCUGCUUUCUUGUAUAUUUUUUCCCAAAUGCUACAUCAUUCUACUACAACCCGAAAUGAAUAGCAGACAGUUUAUAACUGGAAGAAAAAGUGGCAAAAAUCCUAAAUAA